AGUAAAAUCCUCAAGGCGUUGUUGGCUCAACCAGAAGGAGCAUUCGUUUUGCGCUUCUCAGAAUCCAAGAAGAAAUGUUUGGCAUUGAGCGUCCGAGUACCAUUCACACACAAUCCGACUGGUGUAUCGCAUUAUUUGAUAGUACGAAACGAACGUGGAUUUAAAAUUAAUGGUUUCAACAAAUCAUUCCCCUCAAUUCCGAUGCUUGUUACACAUCACUCAGUGAUGCCUGAGCUGCUGCCGUGUCGGCUGAUAUUCGCACAUUGGGAUAAUACGUGGAAAUGUGACAAUGCCAACAAUUAUGACUAUCCACCUUGCGAUGAUUAUGAUGAUUGCGAAUUGAUAGAUAAGAGGAUCAGCAAGGAUUUGAUAUGA